GCGAUGGCAUCUCCGCAACGGGCACGAGAGACCACGGGUGACGACGCGAGCCCGACCCCAACCAACGCGCCAGAACCCACCAACGAAUGCAACAGAGGCGACGCUGCACAGAUACCCGACGCGAGCGAACCGGACCUGAAGAAACGAAAAGUGGCCGAGGCAACAAUGUCGGUCGACUCACCAUCGCGCAAGGUCAACGAACACCUGGUUUGGGACACCAACCGCUGCGGCGACCUCAUCCUCCUCUCCAACAAGAAACAGACGAUGGAAACAUGUAUCCUCGAUUCGGAUCAAUGGAAUUGCGUGCUCGCAUCCCAACCAGCGUCGCGAUUUCGCGUGCGUUUGGACAAAUUGGGACGCGGCGGCGAACUGUGGAUAGGCUACUGCAAGAAGGAUCGCUUUGUCCCAAAUGGCAGCACGCGCGGCCGGUUCUGUCAGAUCCUUCGUGCUGACGACGGCGUCACGGGCGAUGAUACAAGCCAUCCUUUUUGCGAUGGCGACGAGUUGACCAUUACACACCACCGCGCCAACCACACGAUUGUGUUCCAAAAGAACGGUCAAGACAUUGGUAUCGAGUACGAGCAUGUGACGGACGAAGCGCGGUACCCGGCCAUCGUGACCAACAGCGAUCAAGUGUUCAUGACAUUGCUUUAGCAUAAAUCCAACCUUGCCACGAUCGAGUGUACCCUGUUUGCGGUUGAAUCGGCGACAAUGGGCACGGUUUUCCACA